UAUUUGGGAAUGCAUUAGAGCUCGUAAGUUGCCACUUUCCUUUAUGUCUAGCAAUCCUCAUAUGUCCCCUCUAGACGACUCAACCCAGCUUACCCAGCCACCCAACGGUCUUUACUGGCGCUACAUCGCCCGUCGGUAAUCAGCCAUGGUUUCAUGAACACUGCCAUAAAACAAACCUUGACGCCGUGAUUUCAUCACGUUACCGCUCUUGGUCAUUUGGUACCCACAGACGCCUAAUCCGGUCUUAGGACUGCGUCAUGCCACCCUCGACGUCGCAAGUGAGGGUUAUAUAUCUCCCGGGCAUAGGAGAGACACGCGUGAUCACAUUACCUUCGAUGAGGGAUGUGGUCCAAGGGUCAUUCAUGAAUGACACGCAUUUUUACGAUACUACUCUUCUCUACAUUUUCCUUGGCUGGUUCCGAGCUUCCGUUUCGUUAUGGUCACGUUUCACUCCUUUUUUUGGUGUAUUUGCUUAUUUUAUCGGGUCUUGUGGCACAAAACACUUACCAUACGUGUCUAUUCUAAUAUCCACUGCGAUUUUUUUUGGGAGGCACGACUACAAGCAGACAUAAUAGAUGGAGGACGAUGUUGUUCCCUCCGCUACAUUCCCAAUUUGUGUGUUCCUGGUUGCAGAAAGUGCACGGUCUCCGUCACCAGGGGCAAAGUAUGUACCAGUUGUGCCAAGUAAUGAUUAGACCUGUUUUCAUUGUUAAUCGAUGUGCCGCGUUAUCACUAGUGCCGCGUAACAGAGCCUUCCUGUCCCUGGUGACUAUCAUACUGUACUGCGCGAGGUGGAUCUUGGACUCAUUCUGAAACACAUUAAUUAUGUUACUCAUACUGUGAAUCUGAUCAUACACGUGUGCAU